UAUACACGUUUCACGAUUAAAUUUUCCAAAAUAUAUCUGAUUAAAGAUGACGAUUGCAAAUUAACUAAAACUGUCAACAAAAAAACAAUUAAUUAAAGAUUUUUAAUUUGUAAAUUUUGUAAGGAAAACUAUAAUAGAAACAUGGAAUAAUACUGAUUAGUAUCAAUAAUAUUGAAUUAGUAAUAUCAACAAUUAUUUACAUCAAUUAAUAUUUCUACAAGCUGAUGAGAUUAUUUCUAUCUCGUGCCAUGAUCCAUUCAUUUGUAGAACUGUAAACUGAUGUAAAUAUUGCAUUCUCUUCACACUCUAUGUCCCAAUCUUUAACCCCAUCGCACGCAUGCACGCACACGCAUACAGUGAUACUGAAACACGAAAAUCUAAAAAUUUGGUAGUCAUUGUCAAUAUUCUUCAAUUCUGCAUCAAUCCAUGCAUCAAUAUUAGCAAAUAAUGACACACGAUCAAUAAUAUUAGCAGUCUUUGUUGGUACCGACAGUAUUAUUGAUUGCGACCCGUAAGAUCUUUAUAAAAUAUAUUAUAAGAUUAUCGAUCGAUGCCAGAUUAAAGACCUCACUCGACACUUGUUCUGCGAUUGGAAAGAAUUAAAUACUUACGAAGAAUAUGAAAUUAUGAAGUCGUACGCCGCAAACAGUAGACGAUUCUCCUUGAUAUAUUUCGGUGAGACGAGAUCGAGACGAGAUAAGUUAUAGAUCGUCCGAAUUUAAUCGACCGAUCUAUUUAUAUCUCAGUCGUAAUUGUUUCUAUUUUCGAGAUCAUAAUUAAUAUAACGUAUCUCGCUAAUAUCGUACAUUGCAGUAUACUGCUCUGCAGGGAUGAUUACGUUUACGUCCAUGUCUCUUAUACCGCAUAUCCUCGAUAUUGUAUCAUCUCUCAACGAGUCCCGGCCUAUAUUACCGCCAUAUCGAGGAUACUAUUUUGUCGAUAUGCGAGAAUAUUUCUUUGAAAUAUUCUGGCAUUCCGUCGUGGCCUGGCAAAUUGUUAUGGUUGGUAUAAUUUCCCACGACUGCUUGUUUGUAACGUUUGUCGAACAUGUUUGCAGCAAGUUUGCUAUAACUGGAUUUCACUACAAACAUUUAUUUCAAGAUUGUAGAAAUAAAAUGAAAAGUACACCAUCGAUGAAUCCUGACGCGACAGAUUUCAAGAGAGUAGCGUUCCUCGUACGUAAACAUCGGGAAGCAUUAGAACUCGCGCAAUUGCUCGAAGAUACGUUUACCAUACCUUUAGCUAUGCAGAUAUUUAUAGCAACGAUAGGGAUGAGCAUUACUUUGCUACAAAUUACGGAGAAAACUAGCGAUAACUUGGAAGCAAUGAGGUACGUGUUUUAUGUCGGUGGUCAAUUGAUUCAUUUGUUCUUUCUUAGCUUCGAAGGACAAAGGUUGAUAGAUCACAGCCUUCAGAUACGCAAUAAGAUGUACAGCAGCUGCUGGUACAAAGCAUCCACGAGAUUACAAAAGAUGAUCAUGCUGGUGAUGAUGAAAAGUCUUCACCCGAGUUUUUUAAGCGCUGGUAAAAUUUACAUUUUCUCCUUACAAAGUUUCACAUCGGUUCUGCAAACCUCAAUGUCAUACUUUACAGUAUUUGCGUCCUUUCAAUAGCUUAUACUUCCUGUAUCCAGCAAUUGAGCAACGACAACAAAAGCGAUCGAAAACAAUAUGCGUGUGUGUCAUUGCAACACGUUUACUAUAAUAUAUAAAAAUAUACUUUUGUUAAUCAUAUAUGUAACGUUUAUAAAUUACAUAACUAGUAUAUAUCAAGUUGUAGUAAAGGUAAGAGUAUCAUUGUUAAA